CAUGGGAAGUUGAAGGAAGAUAUACGGGUUCAAUUCUGGCAGCCUGUGUUGGACAUAAAGCAGUUGAAUUACAAGGAGCUAUCAAAAACAAAGAUGAAAGAAUUGCAGGAGUGGAUGAAGGAGAAGUUUAUAGAUUAUCUUGAAGCAAUGUGGCCCAGGUACUGCAAAACAAUCCGGUAUCUGAAGAGGGUUAAUUUCCUUUAGACUUGCGUAGCUGAUGUGAAAAGCCUGCUGUUGGCCUGCUAACUGAGCAUUUUGUUAACUCAAUACUAAGUGAUGAUCUCGAAUACAAAGGCUGUUAGGCUGGUAAGAAGAAGGAAAAAUAGAGAUAUGAGAACAAUCAUAGGUGCAAAGGGUGGUUUUUAGAGUUUCGUCCUAGUUUCAAAAAAGUUGGAAAAAUUUUUUUGAAACGGGUAGGAAACACCCCAUUUUGAUUUUAGGUCAUUGAUUCUUGAAUAUCUUAAAGCUAUAAAGGGGAUGGAAUCCUUUGUAACAAGUUAUUUCUCUACCGAAGGCUUUUCUUUUCGAUUUUUCAGUGGUGGGGUGGAGUGGGGUAGUCGUCAUCAAUUCUAAUUCCAAGUUAUCAUUUGGCUCUGUAGUCUCUGUACUAUGAGAUUUGUAUACAUUGGAUCAAUAGCCAUGACUUGACAACCAUCGUCUGCAUUCCUAAAGCUUCUCUUUUUUUAAUUAAAAAGCAAAUUACUGA